AUCAUCCCUGUCUUCAUAUGUCAUAAUACAUCGUUUAUUUUUUAUCUUAUUUAUAUUAAUUUAUUUACCUUUAAUUGUUAUUGCUUGAUCUUAAUAUUUAGUUCUAUCGUACCACCAAACUUAUACCAGACGGCACGUGACUAUUGGUCAUCUUUGCCACCCAAUCUUAAUUCUAUGCUCGGUGGCUACACCCAGGUUGACUAUGUAGAUGUAUGUGAGUCGCUAAACUUCUUGGACCUUUUUGGGCCCCCAACACAUGCAUAUGCACUCGAUUGCGGCGCCGGGAUCGGUCGCGUUGCCAAGCAUCUUUUGCUACGACGGUUUGCUCGAGUCGACCUGGUAGAAAUGACUAAAUCAUUUCUUGACAAGGCUGCUGAGUUUAUAGGAUCUACUAACUACGCUCGCAUUGGAGAGUGUUUCUGUGUCGGCCUACAAUUUCAUUUGUACUCUCAAAGCUAUAUUGAUGCGCCUAUAAGACGACUCUCCAUAUAUCACUUUUUAUACGUUACGCGUCUCUUCAAUGGUUCCAUAAUUUUGCCUUCUAUUUUUUGUCAGGAGUUCACCCCCCCACUUGGCAGAUAUGAUUUAAUUUGGAUCCAGUGGGUUUCUUGUCAGCUAACUGAUCUGGCACUAAUAAACUUUCUGCAGCGGGCCGCACGAGGUCUCAGUCAGUCGGGUGUGAUUGUCAUCAAAGAGAAUGUGACUACUGACGGCAGCCUCCAGUUCGACUCCCAAGAUGGCAGCUACACUCGAUCGCGCGAAGCUAUUCUAGCCUUGGUGGCCGCUACUAAAUGCUUGGUUUUGGUUGGUGAGGCUGAUCAGUCUGGAUUUCCAACGAGUCUUUAUCCUGUCAAAAUGUUUGCCCUUACAAAAAUAGAUCCAGCAAGAGAUGACGAAAAAGUGGAUGACAUGCAACUAAUUCGGGACUCUUGUGUCAGCCAGAGCGUGUCAGUAACUUUGCCUUGCUUAGGGGACUCUCGCAAUUUAUGCAGCAAUAAAGAUCAAACAGGCAACUUCAACUCAUCUGACCUUUCCGAAGUCUAG